CAGUGACAAAAGUGGCCUGAAUCAAGUGUUUCUUUCACCUUAGUCGCCGAGUCUCGUCUUCGGACGACUCCGUCCUUGCGACAACCUCCUCUUCCUCCUCGUUCUAUCUCUCCCACUACUGCUGGCCAGUGUGGUUCAACCGACCAACUCUCCUCUCCUCUUGACCGCGCCCAUCAUGGAUCCCCACGAUACCUUAUACCAUGCCUCCACGCUUAUGGCCCGCGCCGACUCCAGCGGUCGCCCACCCGUUUACAAGGCCGUCGGUAUUUCACUAGCGGUCGCCUCUGGCGUCUUCAUCGGUAUUUCCUUCGUGAUCAAGAAAAUAGGCCUACUCAAGGCAAACGUCAAAUACAAUGAAGAAGCUGGUGAGGGAUAUGGAUACCUCAAGAAUGCGUGGUGGUGGUUAGGCAUGACGCUCAUGAUCGUGGGCGAGAUCUGCAACUUUGUCGCAUACGCUUUCGUCGACGCUAUCCUGGUCACUCCGCUCGGUGCACUCUCCGUCGUUAUCACCACGAUUCUCUCGGCAAUUUUCCUGAAAGAACGACUCAGUUUUGUCGGCAAGGUCGGCUGUUUCUGUUGUAUUAUCGGGUCUAUUGUGAUCGCGAUGAAUGCUCCUGAGCAGUCCUCUGUCAGCGAUAUCCAGGGUAUGCAGAAGUUUGUGAUUGCGCCGGGGUUUUUGUCGUAUGCGGGUGUGAUUCUGAUCGGGGCGGCUAUUACGGCGUUCUGGGUUGGUCCCCGGUACGGCAAGAAGAGCAUGUUCGUCUAUAUCAGCAUUUGCAGUAUGGUUGGUGGAUUGAGUGUCGUGGCGACGCAGGGUUUGGGUUCCGCGAUUCUCGCUCAGAUUAAUGGCGAGUCGCAGUUCAAGCAUUGGUUUCUUUAUGUGCUGUUCGUCUUUGUGGUUUGCACGCUGCUGACGGAGAUUAUCUACCUUAACAAAGCGCUGAAUCUCUUCAAUGCCGCACUCGUCACCCCGACUUACUACGUCAUGUUCACUAGCGCGACGAUUAUCACCUCCGCCAUCUUGUUCCAAGGCUUCAAGGGAACUGGUAUCCAGAUUGCUACUGUGAUCAUGGGUUUCAUGCAGAUCUGUGCCGGCGUGGUCCUGCUACAGCUGUCCAAGUCUGCCAAGGACGUUCCCGAUGCUGCCGUGUUCAAGGGUGACUUGGAUCAAAUUCGCGAGGUGGCUACUCAGGAGGAGCCUGAAUAUGAGCCCAAGGCUGAUUCGAUCCGCGGUGCUGCAUCAAUUCUCCGCCGUAUCUCAACUACUCGCCGCGAACACGAACAUGAUGAAGCCCGGCGCUUCUACAAUGAAAAACAAGAGGAUUUCCUGAAACCCCCUGGUGAGAAUGAAAUCAUCGAGUGGGAUGGUAUUCGUCGGCGUAAGACCGUCAUCGGAGAGGGACCGACCAUGUCUCGUCCGCGCACGCCUCGCUCGCCUUCGGUCAAACAACAACUGCCUCCAUUGGGCAUGUCUCGCUUCCCCGAUCCUGAACCCGAGGAAGACCACCGGCCCAGCACCAAGCAGAGUGGAAACUCGUUCCUGGGCGAGAUUGGCUCUCGCACAUCGAGUGUUCUCCGUCACGGCCAAUGGCUACCCGUCCACAAGGAAGACGAAAAAACUCUCGGCGCCAACAUCGCUACUGAAAUGACGAAUCGCAAGAGCGCUGUCGACACUGAAUACCACGGUGCCGGCGGCUUGGAACCACCCUUCCGCCCAGGCCGUGAGCGCAGCGACACACCCCGUUCCAUCUCCUGGGCUGACGAAAAGGGUGACGAUACCCGUCCCCAAUCCCAUCAUGCCCUCGAGCCGCCCUACGUCGCACGCCGCCAAUUCUCCUUCAACAGCAUGUUCAACCGUCGCAAGACACAAAGCAACCCACCAUCCCCCAAACGCACCGCCAGCCCACCACGCGGCAUCCUCCGCCGCAACCACGCCAUCGACGGCGACAAGUCCGCCACCGAGGAAGAACGCCUCGGCCUCGUCCGCGGCGACUCGCGCGCCGCGGAAGAAACCCUCGGCGAUAAACUCGACCGCUGGUCCAGCGCUGAAUCAGACGUAGCCGAGAUUCAACCCAUGCAUUUCCACCCAAUGCCACCAGGCCGUCCCCACGGCGAUUCAGUCUCCAGCAUGUCCACAUCCGCAUUCCCGCCAUACGAAGACCACCACGCUUUCUACGCUCAAUCCGGCAACGUGUCGAACCCGUAUUACCUCCCACACACUCGACAAGCAACCUCCUCGCCAGAACACAUGGAUGAACAUGAAGCACCGGGACGAAGCGCCCCACGCUCUCGCACGAGAACGAAUUCCUCGUCACACGUUCGUGCUCCACCGCCCGCGCAGUCCUCGUUCUCGACGCACCGCCAUCCAAAUCCACUCCCUCCCUUGCCAGAUAAUACACCCCUUACACUAGAAAAUGAGAAUGGUGUUCGAUCUGUCUCGGGGGAGUCCUCUGAUAUGGGCGUUGCGUCGAUCUCGUCGACUGAGGCCCGCGACGAUGAUAAUACCCCUGCUACCGGGGUGCCGACAAGACAGCAUAGUGGUUGGCGCAGACAUAUGUCUGAGACUAGUAGUGCGGAUGAUGGCGAGUCUUAUGAAAUCAGGAAUACGACUCGCGGUAGAGGUGGAGGUGCAAAGGGGGCUUUUCUUUAAGCCUUGAGUCUUGAAUCUGGAUGGUGACUACUUCCUAUCUUUCUUGCACAUAAGUGGCCUGCGAUUUACAUGGAUCCGGUCUUGAUCUUUAUUUGGAUGGUACUGGGACUGGUUAUUUGACCAGUUCAUGACAUUUAUGCCGUUUGUUUUAUUUGAUUGCAUUUACAGCGGUGUUGAUGGAUUUCUUACUUGGGGCCUUGGAUAUUGGGUUUUGCCCAUGCUGAUAUUCAUGCUGAUGUUGAUAUCGAUGUUCGAUGUACAUAUAUGGACGCGUGAUUGCGCCGAUGAUGAAUGAUCUAAUGCAUUAUGAUUUG